AUGGAUCCCCGAGAAGUUGCUUUUAAUAAUGCUAUUCGCGAUCUUAAUGCUGGUAUUUUUAGAAGCCAGCGACAGGCCGCGCAGGCGUACGGAGUUCCCCGAUCGUCGCUUCAAGAGCGCAUGAAGGGCCGCCAACCACACGCGAUAGCUCAUCAACAGCAGCAGCGAUUAACUCCAGAACAAGAGGCCUUUCUAGUAGACUGGAUACUCGAUGAGGACUCACGCGCACAACCUCCCUCCCAUCCACGCGUACGAGAAAUGGCCACCCGGCUCCUCCGCAUGAACGGCGACCACGAGCCUCUCGGGCAACUAUGGAUACCCCAUUUCAUCGCCCGCAACCCACGCGUCGCCUCUAUAGUCGGCCGAACGAUCGAGAGCGCACGGACUACGGCAGCUAGCUAUGAGACUAUUCGAGCAUUUCUUGAGCUGUUUGAGCGCACUCGAAUAGAGCUAGGCAUACAGUAUAAGGAUAUAUGGAAUAUGGAUGAGACUGGAGUUGCACUAGGGGUAUGUACGAACUCCCAAGUGGUUGCCAGUUCUUCAAAGAAGAAGGCUUAUAUCAAAUCUCCAGAGAAUCGUGAGUGGGUAUCAAUCAUUGAGACCAUCUCAGCCGUCGGCGUUAAACUUCAAUGCCUAGUUAUCUUUAAGGGCAAACAUCUACAAUCAACGUGGUUGCCCGCACAAGGCACACCUGAUUGGCUCUACACAACGUCAGAGAAUGGAUGGACAUCAAACUUAAUUGGAUAUGAAUGGUUGCGGCGUAUCUUUAUACCAAACACUUCACCGUCCUCUAGCGGCUAUCGUCUACUUGUACUCGAUGGCCAUGGCUCCCAUAUACCGAUCGACUUCAUGUGGCUCUGCAAGGUGAACAAGAUCCACCUCCUAUACCUUCCGCCUCACGCCUCACACCUGCUUCAGCCGCUGGAUCUUGCUCCUUUCUCAGUACUCAAGAGCAGGUACCGUAAUGAGAUCUAA